AUGUGCUACGACCGCUACGUGUCCAUCUGCAAACCCCUGCACUACGGGACCCUCCUGGGCAGCAGAGCUUGUGCCCACAUGGCAGCAGCUGCCUGGGCCAGUGCCUUUCUCUAUUCACUGCUGCAUACAGCCAAUACAUUUUCUCUGCCCCUGUGCCAUGGCAAUGUUCUGGGCCAGUUCUUCUGUGAAAUCCCACAGAUCCUCAAACUCUCCUGCUCCAAAUCCUACCUUAGGGAUUUUGGGCUGCUUGGUGUUAGUGCCUGUUUAUCAUUCGGUUGUUUUGUCUUCAUUGUUUUCUCCUAUGUGCAGAUCUUCAGGGCUGUGCUGAGGAUCCCCUCUGAGCAGGGACGGCACAAAGCUUUUUCCACCUGCCUCCCUCACCUGGCCGUGGUCUCCCUGUUUGUUAGCACUGCAGCCUUUGCCUACCUGAAGCCCCCCUCCAUCUCCUCCAAAUCCCUGGAUCUGGCCCUGUCAAUUCUGUACUCAGUGGUGCCUCCAGCCCUGAACCCGCUCAUCUAC